AGUCAAUCAAAACCAGACGACAUCUUCGACUAUCCUCGCAGCCUGAGAACCUAGGUGCGUCAGAGCUGGACAUGCAUAAAUAAUGUCGGAUCAUUGGAUUGGACAUUAUCACUCUGAUCUAAAAUGGCGUACCAUAUUUGGUGCAUGUUUGCUCUUCUUGUGUUUGGCAAAGGCUCCCCCUCUACCAUGUCUACAGCCACGAUAUCUUUUCAACGAAGGCAGUUCCUACCUGUCAAAGGAGAAGAUUUUACGAUGAAGUGCACCUAUUUCCCUCCUUCGAAUGAUCGCACUGUCAAGUGGAAACACGAAGAAACGCGAAUUGCGUCUGAGUGGUGCACAACUGCGAGUGAAUGUACACCCAAUAUUUCAAAUCCUACAAAGUACAAGUUAUUGGGAGAUGACCGCAGCACAUCGCUUACGAUAAUCAAUUUGAACACUGGUGACAGUGGGAGAUACACAUGCAAUGUAUUUAACCUACAUGGAGAACGUUCAACGACUGAAAUACUGAAAGUACUAACUCCAGUUCCACCCUCACGGGUUUUCAUGUCUAACGCCCACUCGGGCCGGCAAUACUUGAACAACGCCAAUAUAAGUAUAACUGCUGGAGAGUCAUUAAGCAUCACCUGUGGAGCAAAUAGGGCAAGGCCUCCCGCAGUACUGCAAUGGCUAGUACCAGAGGACGUGACCGUUGUUCAUCAGGAUCAAUCUGAUGUCAUUCAAGACGGAUCUUACAUCUCCAGGAAAGCCUUGACGAUCACACCCACCAGAGAUGACCACGGAAAGAUUCUCAGCUGCAUCGCAUCACACCCGGAAAUACAAAGGAGUCUUAGAUCCUCAGUUCUUCUGAAUGUUCAUGUUCCUCCUUCCAGUGUGCUGCUCUUUCUAACUGGAGGUAACCAGUCCCAAUCAACAGUCCUAUACGUUCAAGAAGGUUCACCGACUUCAAUCACUUGUAAAAGUAUUGGGUCAUUCCCAGCAACUGAACUAUCAUUGUGGUUAGUUGGUGACUUUGGCAGGACUCCGAUCCAUGGAAAUGUAUCAAGUAAUAGGAGCGUUUUAGACGACACUUUGUUUGACACUGAAAGUACCAUUACCAUUAGACCAGAUGCCACGAGCCAUGGAAUGCACAUUGCAUGUUCAUCGAAUAUGGACGACGCUUAUUUUUUUAAUAUACUGGCAAUUAGACUAAUUGUUAAUAUGUCUAUAUGAUGUAA